AUGACACCCAGCUCUGAUGAUGUCCAUCAUAUGAUGGACGAAAGCUCAGCACGUUUUUACCCUAAUCGAGGAAGGAAGUCUCGUGGAAUGCGUCAACAUCAAUAUCGUAUAAAAGCCAAACGGCUGGAGUACAACGAGAUUGAUUUGUCCUCGUCUGGUGAGAUCGGCCAACAAAUCUCUUCUUCAUGCACUUUCAUCCGAAAUGAAGGUCCCCCUAACAACAUUAUUUCUUUACUGUCGUAUUUGCUCCCUUUCGAUCUAGUAUUCAGCAUUUGA